AUGCCGUUCAUGACGCCUUCCCCGCAGAAAAAGGCAAUGGAUCGCCGACAACUGAUCAAGCCAUCAACGCAUAUCCCAUGGUCCGUCGAUGUGGUCUCUGUCGUCCCCAAAGUUUUGGUGGACAAGUUGCAAAGUCAAGAAAUUACAGCUUCGGCCAGUUGCCCCGGAUGGGCCUGUGUCUCGACGGGCGACGGUAUGGUAUGGAUUUGGAGAAAUCGUACGAGCACCCAAUCAGAUGCCACGAUUGAACCACCCAAACCACUCAAGAUUUUCCUUCCCGAUAUUAUGAAUAAUGCGGAUGGCGGCCAUCCUCCCCAACUGGCACUCACCGGGGAUGGGGAAUCCGUCCACUUGUAUGUUUUGUUUCGAGAAUGGCUCUUUUUGCGAAAGCUGACACAAAAGGAUUGGACAACACGGCAAGUUGGCGCCCGAUCCUAUACUGCCAAGCUACGAAUUGCUCUGGAAGACGAAGACAGCGGAAGUAUGGAUCCAGAGAUUCUAACCACGCUCGCUGCGACACCCACUGGAAACGCCGCUUCCUUGAUGGUGAUCUUGGGUUCUAAUAAAGGAAACCUCUACUGGGUCACGCAUACGGCAGUUCCAGUUGGUAUGCAACUCCAAAAGAUUGCUCCACCUUCUUCCGGAUUGUGGAAUCGUUUGAUUGGUUCCUCGCCAACUCCUCACGAGGAAUCAGAUCAAGACCAAUGGGUUCUUCCUUUGGAUGCCUCGCAAUUCUGGGUCAUUUCUACUUCGAAGCUCACCCUCUGGAAGGUCGAUCGAACGAGUGCCCCACCCACCUUUGAGAUUGUGCAGCAGCUCGAAAACUGGAACUCUUUGGAAUUUCGUGUGGAAUCCUUGCUGGAGGCAACUCUCUUGAUGCCCUCUCGUGAAAUGGAUCAACAAAAUGCCACCAUGCAUUGCAUUGUGAGAGGAACCGGGGGACGUCGUUCGUCUUCGAGCGAUGGCAGCAAACUCUACUGGCUUCAAGUAAACCUUCAUACUGCCAAGGUUGAAAAAUCCCAUUGGCUGUCUCGGUUCGCAUCACCGGACAAUGUGGGAAGCUUGGGACUGGCUUGCACUCCCAAUGGAGAUGCCUAUGCUGCGUUCCAUGCGUCGGGUACAAUCAUUGUCAUGGUCUUGCUGGGAGAUGACAUUUUGCAAGAGGUUGACUUGCCCUACAAUCAAGUGCCUAUGUUGGUUCCGAACAUGUUCCAGUCGGACACUGUGACUCAUGGUUGUAACAUGGUAGCAUCCUCAGGAAUUGGGUUACGGGCAAGAUACUUGUCCUCUUCUCCGUCUUCCUCCUCCAUGAUGACGACCAGCCCUUCCAAAAAGCGAGCCCGUCAUUAUGCUUCUUCUGCCACAAAUGUCAAUUUGCUGGUCAAUCACUUGCGCAGCUUCUUUUGGCAGUCCUACCAAGAUCCAACUUCUGUGUCCAUUCAUAAUAUGCCACCGUCACUACAACAGGCCUCUCAAGACGAACUCGAAGCUGCAACGGUUCAAUUUGGAUACGAACUACAACAAAAGGGAGACACCUCCUCUGCGAACAAUCCUAUGGAAUGGCACAAGGCAUAUUGCAGCCUUCUUCAACAAGGUGGUCUUUAUAGAUCUUUGUCCCCGGCUGUUCGAUGGCAACUAUUGGGCAUGGGACAAGAAUUGGCCGUCUUUGGUCAAUUGGCAAGAAUUCCCCUUGCGAAUCCCAGUAGUGGUGCAGUUAGCAUGGACACUAAUAGCAGUGUAGACGCCUUGCGACCCUAUGAUAUUGGUCAAUGGCUCAUUAAUCUCUAUCAAAUGGACCCAUCCAGCAAGAAUUACACAGAGUCUGAGUGGAACGAACUCUUGACCAUUGCCCUCGAAACAGCAAUUGACUACCGCCACGAAAUGGCGUCGCCGAUUUACGACAUUGUCGUGCCAACCGAUGACAUGGAGGCACUUGGUAGGAAGAUUCCAGAAGUCCCACUCUGGACGUCCCAACCAGCACUCCAAGCACUGCUCAAGCUGCAGCUGGAAGAAUGGAAACGAUCCAAUGCCAAAUCCGAAGAAGGGGGUCCUGUGGAUUUGGUGCAUGUAGAAGCAGUGGUCAAGGCGGCUUUGAUUUCCUAUUCGGAGGCUACGCAAGAAACGGCAAAGAAAUCAUAUCCACAAGUACGAGCAUUGGCAUUGGAUCUGCUUCGAUCUGUCGCGAAAGAAGGGGAAGACGAAUUGGCAUUUGAAUUGUCAAUUCAAUACCACCACUUUCGUGGACUCUGUCAAAUCUCAGUGGACCAUGAGAAGAAAUUGGAUGCCGCAGCCUACUCAUUGGAUCAACUAUUUGGAAAGAUUACUGAAGUAGACAUUGAAACGGGAUACUCGUUUGCUCAGUACGUUCUGCAGUGGCAUACCGACAACGGGUUGUAUGGGCACGCUAUCAAUUAUGGCCGUCACGCAUCGAACGAUCUCAAAGUGCUAAUGGAGAAAGACGAGCGUUUGCAAAAAUACCAAUGGAUACCAGCCAUUAGACAACAAUAUUAUGGACAAGCAACGGAGUCAUGUUUGCAGUUUGGAGACAAAAGCAACCUUUUCAACCAUGAGUGGUCCCUAAGUAUGGCCAAGCUCGCGAACAAGCUAGUGGUGAAACAAGACAAAAAGCGCACCGUUGCCAUUGAAAACCAAUUGGAACUUGUGGAUGCUCAACAAGUGCUCCUGGAAGACUCUCUAGUAAAUAACCUCACGGAAAGCGAACUCAUGUUACCAGAAGCGCUUGUCCAACUGGCAUUAAAGAAGCUUACCAGUGGAACUUGCAUGGAGGAUCGAGUCAAAUUUGGCACGGUGGCAUUGGCUGUCUGUGCGGCCAUGGACGACCAGAAGAUAGCGUCGCAAUAUGCUGCCACUGUUUGGGCAAAUUGCUUUCGCUUGGACGACACCUUGUGGAAUGCGUGGACGCAACACGAGGAUAUCAUUACAAGAGAAAGCUUUUAUGAGGACACUCUUUUUGGGAAGCUGCUGGAAGAUUGCCGUGAAGAGCCCAAGAUGGCCGAUGUCAUCUAUAGUCGACACAUUGAACAUUAUGUUUUGGACAAGUUGGAUGUGACCGACGCCAACAAAACGGAGAUCUGUCGUCUACUACGAAGCGUCACUGCGGUGGAUGAUGACAUCCAAGGGCAAUCGAUGAUAGUCGCUAAGAUGGAGUAA